GAGGCAGCGUUAGCACUUGUUGUUGCCUUUACGUUGAUAGCAUAAUACUGUUUACCUCAAGUUUGCUUGUUUGGUAUGUAUAAGUUUCUGAACAGAAACUAUACAAGGUGUAUAUUGCAGCCAUAUGCGAGCGAAAGGGCUCCAAAUACAACCUGGCUAGAGUAGCCACGCCAUUACUGAUAAUUCAGGAAGAGAGGAUUCUACUUUGCUGAAAAGUCUCAACAUUUCACUCAAGCGACAGGACAUGAUCCAGCAAAGUGCACGAGGAAGAAAUUUCUCGAAUGGAGCGCACAGGCAUUUAAGUGCAAUCAAUUAUCAGUUGGACAUAAACUCCGUGACAGAAAAUGGGACAGUACAUUUUGUAAGGAGAUGACUGCAGGAGUGGGCACGAGAUCCUUCCAAGAAAGCUGGGACGGAUUCCUCUUCUUCGAAGCACAAAGAGCAUCGAUUUGGAAAGGAAGGCUCCACCCUCUCCUUAGGUACCUCUUCGAAUCUUUUAUAUUCUACUAUAACUAGAGAAGAUCAUGUCGAAAAUUCGCUUGACUGCUAAUUACUUACUGAGGUAAUUGCGUGUUAGAUUUAUGUCAGUAGGGUGGUAAACCAAGUAUUGGGCAGUAGACGACAAUAAACUGGUCUGUGCUUAGGUUAUAGAUAGCAGCCAGGACAUAGCAAACUAUGUUUUAUGUUUAUUUUUAGUCGGAAGGCAUGAAGGUUUUUUCCCCCUCUCUGAUGAAAUGACAGCCCCCCUUUGUACCCCCCUUACUGCAUUGUGUUGUCUAAUUAUAUAUAUGCUUGGUAUGCCAUCAUUGUAGCUGUUAAAGGAGAUUCACAUUCAAACUAUCAUUAAGACUGAUAUAACUGUUUUCUGAUUUAAUCGUAGGAAGCACAGUGCUUUGUUAUGAUUGCCCAAGGGAGAACCAAUGGGCUUCAUUAUCUAUUAAUAAAUAUUUGGAAUGCUUGUUCUGGUCAGGUUUAACUAUGAACAGUCAGAUUAACUUUGGUAACUCUUUUAACCCGCAAUUGAACGUUUUCUUUGAAGCAUAAUGGAGAUACAGAAAGGCUUGUGGACAUAAUUACAUCAUAUACUAAUUUCACUUGUUGAAGGAAUAGUCUAUGUAGAGGCAUCCUUCUGACAUCCAUCUUUGAGGUUUGCUAUCCUGGACGCAGCUCCCAAUAUACCUCUUGCAAAGAAGACCUUCACUUUAUUGUUUUGGAAGCUGUUGAUAUGAUCUCACAUGGUUAUGGAGUUCACUGACUUGCUCGAAUGUCUUCUUUGCCCAAAUGUAGAGAGGCGUGUGAAUAGGAUAAAAAAGGCCUUCAUGUUUGUGUCCUCAAUAAUCAGAACCUAACUCAGCCGUUGGUGUAAUAUACCAUUUUUCUCAUACCUUUGUACGGUGCUUCUGAUGUGGAGGUGGUAUUGAGGAUAACAUUUUGUGGGUUAGUUGGCUGAAAUGCAUGUGAAUAUGCCAUUUGAUUCCUCAAUUGGCUAUUAAAGGUGGUGGCCCAAGUCUCAAUGGCUUCCAAAUGAAAGCUAGACAAGGAAAGUCAUCGAACAGAUCUUUAAUGUUACCAUAUGAUUCCUUCACAAUAUCACAUGCAAUUGUACAACUUGUUUCUUCAGUUAGAUGAAGAUCCUUUAUCAGAGGUUUAGGCAAAGGUCCAAUCACUCUGUUCUUUCCUCCACUGGUGCACGGGAGGAGAAAGUUGAUCUCGGUCGAUUACCUGAGACGCUUCCGGAAGAUGUGAGAGAGGGACAUUUUGUUGUGUAUACUGUAAAUGAUGGCGAACCUAAGAGGUUCAUUAUCAGGCUUGAUUACUUGGACCAUCCAGGCUUUGUGAAGCUACUUGAGCUGGCUGCAGAAGAAUUUGGGCUUCGACAAGCUGGAGUGCUUGCUGUUCCUUGCAGGUCUGUUGAGCUCCAAAAGAUUCUUGGGAACUGGAGAAAGUAAGAUGGUAGUGAUGCUGGGUACUCUUUCUUAAAUAUUUGGAUGCCAUGUGUAGCAAUUUGCCAAAGCUCUUGUGUUUGUUUGUUUCGAGAUUUUUCUCUGGAGUUGCUUGCUUGCUUCUCCAGAGCUUUCUUACACUGUGUUUCCGAAGAAAGGGAGGAAAAUGGAGAGAGGAAAAUUUGGAGGGAAGGGAAAAUGAGGGAAAGGAAAAGUUGAAAGGGAAGGAAAAUGUUGUUUUAUGGAGGAAAGUGAAGGAAAAAAAUAUAUUGGGAAAUGUAUUAGAUAUGUUAUUUUAUUGAUUAUGUAAGAGUAAAUAAUCUCAUUAAUGUUGACAAUGGC